AUGCUGAUUCUCUUUGACAGUGGUGCCAAGUCUGCUGCCUUCGGUGGCGCUGCCGGUGUCGCUGUCCUCCUCUACGUCUCUGGUAUCCCCCGUGUGAAGACCGACAUCCUCCAGAAGGUUCCCUUCCUCGGAAAGUACUUCAUUACCGAAGUCCACCCCGCGGACAACUACAUGCAGCCCUUCUAA